AAAACUCAACCGAGCAUGAAAAGUUACAUAUCAACCACUGUAAGUUAGGCAUUUCUGUUCUUGCUUUGUCAUCUUCAUUUGUUAGAAAGACAUAAAGACUCCAUGCAGAGGACACUGCAUUUACACAUACGAUGACGGGGGCUUUAAGAGAACUGGCGAGAAGCCCUGUGCUUGUUGCAGCCAUUUUCAUAUCAGGAAUAGGAGGAACCUUUCAAUACGGCUUCCAUAUCUCGGUCCUUAACUCACCAUCACUUUUUAUUAAAGAGCUGGUGAACAGCACCUGCCAGCAGCGUUAUGGCCGCUCUCUGGAGCCCUGGGAGCUGUCCCUCAUCUGGUCCUUCAUUGUGUCCAUGUACUGCAUGGGAGGACUGGCUGGAACCCUGUAUGCUGGACAUCUGGCAGGCGCGUAUGGAAGGAAGACGACUCUGCUUUUAAACAACGUGGUGGCAAUCUGUGGAGCUGUGCUGAUGUUGUUGAGUAAAACCGCCCUCUCGUUUGAGAUGAUCAUGGUGGCACGUGUCCUAUACGGCAUCAAUGCUGGUGUGAGUUUGACUGUCCACACCAUGUAUAUUUUGGAGUGCGCCCCCAAGAGGCUGCGUGGGAUGGUUGGUGUGUCUGUGGCUACUUUUGUCUCAAUGGGGAAGUUUUUUGGCCAGCUGCUUGGGAUCAGUGAGGUGUUAGGCACUGAGGAGCACUGGAUCUGGCUGCUGGCCUUCAGCGGGGUCGCUGCUCUCCUGCAGCUGCUAACCCUUCCCCUUCUCCCUGAGUCCCCACGGUACCUCCUGCUGGAGAAGGCAGACAAACACGGCUGUGAGACAGCUCUGCGCAGGCUGUGGGGAGCUAAAAAGGACCCUGGACCAGAGAUGGAGGAGAUGUUGGCUGAACACACCUCCCUAAAGAGCGUGCAGAUCCACGGGCUCAUGGACCUCUUCCUCGACCACAACGUCCGCUGGCAGCUCCUCACCAUCCUCGUCACGUUUGUCACGCUGCAGCUCUGCGGCAUCAAUGCUGUCUAUCUCUAUUCGUUUGAUGUGUUUCAAGCUGCUGGUAUUGCCAAGGAGAACCUGCGCUAUGCCGCCCUGGGGACGGGCCUGUGUGAAGUCUCCACCUCUAUUGCCUGUGUGCUGAUCAUUGAGAGAACAGGGAAGAGAGUGCUUCUUUUUAGGGGUUACUUGUGCAUGGCUGCCUCACUGGCCCUGCUUACACUCACACUUUACCUUCAGGACUUUGUAUCCUGGAUGCCUUAUUGCAGCAUGGUGCUUAUUUUCACCUACAUAUUCUUCUUCUCUAGCGGUCCAGCCGGGGUGACAGCACCACUUCCUGGUGAGAUUUUCACACAGUCCUAUAAACCUCCGGCGUUCAUGGUAGCCUGCAUCCUCAACUGGGUGGGACUCUUCCUGGUGGGCAUGCUGUUUCCUCUCAUAGUGGAGCAUUUGGAUUAUUUCUGCUUCCUCGUAUUUUUUGUGUUCUGCUUCUUCUCUGGUGUUUUUGUGUGGUUCCACGUGCCUGAGACAAAGAAUAAAACGGUUCUGGAGAUCACAGAGGACUUUAAGAGAAUGCACCAGAAGCGCAGACACUCACUACAGUCGAAACUGAGCUCAGUACACAUAAACAACAUCCAGACCACCAUAUGUACCAAGCUUUAGCACCAGUUCAGAAUCAUUCGUGUAGUCACUGUGUAGUCACAGGCUGUCAACUGUGUGCUCUGUUUGGUUAUUCUGUUGAUGACAUCAAGUUUGUAAGCCACAUCCCAUUUGUAAACUCAAAAUCCAAUUUCAAUCAGAGGCGAACUGAAUGUUGAAUCAAUAUAUUUGUACUCUGUCAUGUCAAGGGACACUGAUUCAGGUUUGGGGUGAUACAGCUGCAGUGGUGCAGUCUGUAGAGGCUUGAGUUUCUGUCAAACCUCAGAGGUGUGAUGAACUCUUACCACACCAAAGUUGUCAAAUCAAAUAUUGGACUCCACCAAAAUGACUGUAAUGUGGCAUCUCAUAAAUGAUAUUUAUGGGACUCCAAAAAUCGCCUUAAUGUUUAUACCAAGUUUUAUGCUAUUAUUCAAUUACAGUGAAUGUUUUAAAAUGUUUUUCAUGUGGUCGUAUUUGGAUUGUCUAUUAAAAAAAAAUGAUAAUAAUAUUAAAUAAAAUUACUCAAAA